CAGAUUUUUGACAUCACCUUGUUAUUAAUUCCAACUUGCCGACACUUGAAAAAAAAUCCAGAUUUAGACUUUUUCGAGCAGAAUCCCUGUGUAUUUUAGCACCACCUAUAUUUGGAAUGUUUAUAUAUUUUAAAUAAAACUGAUAUAAUCAAGGAAGUACGAUGGCUGAUAUAAAAGCUUUACUAAAAGACGCAAGAAAACUGAUAGAUGAGAAAAAUUUCAAAGAAGCCCAGGAAUGCUGUAAAAAUAUAUUACGUAAAGACAAACAAAACUACUUUGGUCUAGUGUUACUUGGAAAAGCUCUGGAAGAUUCUGACCAAGCACCAUUAGCCUAUCAAAAAGCUAUAGCUAGUAAACCUGAUCAUGCUCUUGCUUGGCAAGGUCUUGCCAACUAUUAUGAAAGAAAGGAAAAUAAUGCAGAUAAAGUAAAAUUAAUAAGCAUUUACAAUGAAAUGCUUAAUCUACAAAUGGAAGAAGAAAAAACUAUAGAAAUUAUAUCAAAACUUGGUCAACUAGGAUGUGCACUAAAAAGCAAAGAAUGCUUAAACAAUAUGGCUAAUUACACAACUAAAGAACUUAGGGGUGCAUUAUUUCAAUGUGCUGAAAAACAAUUCCUAGAACUUCUAAAAGCUGAUAUACCAUGUGAUGAAGAAAUCAUACCAGUAAUUUUAAAUGUUUUGCACAAAAUUUACAAUGAAGAUCCAAGGGAUUCACUUGAGAUAUUGCAAUGCAAAGUUAUUAUCCAGAAAUCAGACUUUGCAUCUGCUGUUGAAGAAAUAAUAAAUCUUAAUUUUUUCUCCUCAAAUGUUCUGCUAAGAGAGUGGCUGUGCAAACAAUUAUGCAUAAAGUAUGUUGAGAAAAUGUCAUUCUGUAAUUUUGAUAUAGAGCAACACAUUGAUACAAUCAGUGAAGGCAUUAUGAAUUCCAAAUAUCCUAGCCUGCUGAGAAGUAUGAUAUGCUAUGAUAAAGGUUUAUAUCUAGAAGCAUACAAACAGUGUGUACCAUUGGUGAACUACCAUGAAGCAGAUGUCACAGAAGCAACAUUCAUUAUCAAAUGUACAAUUAUGUUAAAAAAGUGGUCAGUUACACAAAAGCUUGCAACAAACUUUUUGAACAAAGUAAAGACUCAAGAAUUUGGUAUUGUCCUCAAAAGAUUUUUAUUUUUAUCUCUGACCAAACAACAGAAAUGGCAACAGGCUAUAAACAGCGCCAAAGACGUAGCAACUGAUUUGAUGGAACCAUUUGAGCUGGCCAGCCUUGCUGAGUGUUACAUGGAACUCAAUGAACCUGCUGAACACAUCAUGAAGCAUUUAGAAGAAACUGAUUAUUACAAGCCACUUCAAGCCUUAUUACUACAAAAGCAAAAUAAGUAUGAUGAAGUGGUCAAUUUACUACAAGAUUCAAAUAAUGCCCUUGAUGUAUUCUACUUGGGAAAAGCAUACUGGGAAUUAAAGCAGUAUGAUAAAUGCUUGGUAAAUCUUCUAAAAGCUGCUAAGCUUAACCCUGAUCAUGCUGAGACAUUUUUGUAUUUAGGUCACUUUUACCAUCAUCAUAAAUCAGACUUACAGAAGGCUAGAAAAUGUUAUGAGAAAGCUCAUAGUAUAAACCCAAUUAACGCCAAUAUUGUCAAGAGUCUUAGCGAAAUUUAUGUCAAGUUACAUCGAAAGGAAGCGGAUUUUGAGUUACUACAAGAAUUAUCAAAAAAUGCUUCCACAACCGAACCAUGGGUUUACUUUAGAUUGGGGCUGCAUUAUUUAAAUAAAAGGGAAUGGGAAAAUGCCAUAUUGAAUUUCAGGAAUGUUAUUAAAAUCAAUCACAAUGAUACAACUGCUUUUGAGUGCCUAGCUGAUGCUUACUAUUCAAGAGGAUCAUAUACAUCUGCCUUGCGAGCUUACAACCGAGUAAUGACUUUAGAUCCAGGCAAGUCUGAACAUUGUCUUACUAGAAUUGGCCACAUUUAUUCACUAUUAACACAAUAUGAAGAAGCUAUAUCAACAUUUGAAAAGGUAUUUUUAAUAGAACCUUACUCAUACUUAGCCCUCAAGGGAAUAGCCGAAACAUGGAUGAGAAUUGCCAAGAAAAAAGUUGAAGCUAAAAUAUAUGGAACUGCUAGAGAUUGUGCACAAUACGCCAUAGACUACAUAACAAAAGCACUGUCCAAACAAAAUCAAUAUUUAUGUUUUUGGAAGUUGUUAGCAGACAACUUGAUGUUUAUUACUAAAUUGCCAAAUAAAUAUGCUUAUGUCUAUAUGCCUCAGUUGACAAAGGUUGAUGGUAAUAUUGGGAAAACCAUGAAAAAAGAUAAAUUAGAAAUAUUUCCUCAAGCAAUUGCUUGUUAUUCACAUAUUGCUAAACAGAAGCAGCAAAUAUCAUCAUAUGAUUUAGCAUAUGCAUAUCUGGCCUUUUAUCAUGAAACCAAAAAAGUCGUUAACUGUCACAUAUCAUUCAACUUAACGUUAAAUUGUAUAAAAGAAAAGCCAACUGUUUGGCGUAACUGGAAUUUGCUUGGAAAAAUAUGUUUAGCCAUCAAGAAAUAUGAAAUUGCCCAACACUGCUUCAUAAAGGCCCUCUUGGUUACUCGAAAAUGGUCUGUCGCAAAAAUAUGGUGUAACUUAGGUACACUUUAUUUGAAACUAAAACUAUAUAAAUUGUCUAACUACUGUUUCUCACGAGGGCAAUCGGCGCUACCAUCACACCCACAAAGCUGGAUAGGUCAAGCAUUGAUUGCUGAAGCAAUACGUGAAGAAGAAGCCAUGGAUCUAUUCAGACACGCAUCACGCUUGGGCUACCAUCCAGAGAGUGCACUAGGAUAUGCAGAUUGGGUCUGCAGGACCUUAAAAAAUAAUCAAUAUAAAGAAAAUUCAGAAGCAAAAUAUGAAAUAGAAGGUCUUCAUGCAGUUCCAUAUGGCAUAGAUUUGGUUGAAUGGUACUGCAACUUUGAAUCUUCAAAUGCAUGUGCCUUUAACAUACUGGGAAUUUUACAAGAAAGAUAUGGCCUGCUUCGUUCUGCGAUACAAUCUUAUGAAAAAGCAUUUAAAUAUGCAGAAGAAGAAAACAAGAACAAAACACUUUUGAAUAUUGGGAGAAUUUUAGUGAGGAUGGAGGAAUAUGAUGAGGCAAUAAAAAUAUUCAAAGCAAUAACUGAAGCAAGCUUCGAUUCUACUACUAGCUUAGCAUUGGCACUUUAUAAAAAAGGCCUAUAUGAGGAGUCCUACUCAGUUUACGAUACUGCCCUCCAUUGGUUGAGUAAUGAAGAUUCUGAAAAGGCAGACCUCCUGGUGGCUAUGGCUGGCAUUGUGUACAUGUACAAAGGUGCAGAUGAUGCCAAAACACUUUUGUUCCAUAGCAUACAAAUAUCACAGAAAAAGCCAACAGCACAUAGUUUAUUUGCCAUAUGCUCUUUGGGAUUGAUACAUUCUGAUCAAAGUUUAUCAAAGCUAGCUUUAGGAGAGUUAAAAAAAUAUGAGAGAGAUAGUGAAUAUGGAUUUGAUAUAGGCUUUUUGAAAUCAUAUCUUUCAGUCUGUGAAAACAACAUGGACCAGGCUAUAAAGCUGUUGAGUGAUAGCCUUCACGAUCAUCCAAGUAAUGCUCUCUUAUGGUUUUGUAUGGCCCAGUAUUGCCUUAGAACUGCUAAUACCAAGGCUAAAGUUGCAAGUUGUUGUGCUCAAAAAGCCUUAUGUUCUGCUCACCAUGGAGAAUAUAAUUGUAAUUUUGGAAAUAUUUUGGCUUCUGCAAGUAUUGCAGAGCAUUUGGCAGGAGAUCACAUAAAGGCCUUUUUAUUGGCUAAACAGGGCCUUCACAUGUAUCCAAAUCAAGCAGAAAUUUGGGCAGCAUUAUUAUUCUCACUUUUAUCUCAUAAACUGUGGAUGGAAAAUAAAACUUGGCUUUUAGGGGCAUCAGGCCAUAUGCGGAAACAUUUAAAUAUAUCUCGACCACUUGGCAGGUGGGUCAUCCUUAUGGAAAAGAAGCUUGGUAAAUAAUCUAUGAGAGGAUUUUGUUACUCUUUUGCAUUUAACUUGUAUUACAAUGUUACAUAUUAUCCCUAAUGAAUUACUUUACCCAAUUUAUACAGAAUGUAGAACAUUAAUAUAGCCAUAUAUUUUUCUGUUAUCAUAACCCUUUAUUACGUAAUAAGUGUAACAAAAUAAAGUGAUUUUGUCAUUCAA